AUGGUGACCUUUGCCAUGACCUCACUUCCUGCGGGUGUCUCAGGGGGAGUGGAGAUAUUCCCACCACACCCACCGUUCCUCACAGUCCCCCCACAGCCCACCACACCCACCGUUCCUCACAGUCCCACCACAGCCCCCACACCCACCUUUCCUCACAGUCCCUCCACAGCCCACCACACCGCUCCUCAUAGUCCCCCCACAGCCCACCACACCGCUCCUCACAGUCCCACCACAGCCCACCACACCGCUCCUCACAUUCCCCCACAGCCCACCACACAGCUGCUCACAGCGUCCCACAGCCCACCACACAGCUCCUCAAAGUCCCCUCACAGCCCACCACACCCCUCCUCACAGUUCCCCCACAGCCCACCACACAGCUGCUCACAGCGUCCCACAGCCCACCCACCGUUCCUCACAGUCCCCCCACAGCCCACCACACCCACCGUUCCUCACAGUCCCACCACAGCCCACCACACCCACCUUUCCUCACAUCCCCCCACAGCCCACCACACCGCUCCUCAAAGUCCCCCCACAGCUCCUCACAGUUCCCCCACAGCCCACCACACCCCUCCUCACAGUCCCCCCACAGCCUGCCACACCACUCCUCACAGUCCCCCCACAGCCCACCACACAGCUCCUCAAAUUCCCCCACAGCCCACCACACAGCUGCUCACAGCGUCCCACAGCCCACCCACCGUUCCUCACAGUCCCCCCACAGCCCACCACACCCACCGCUCCUCACAGUCCCACCACAGCCCACCACACCCACCUUUCCUCACAGUCCCCCCACAGCCCACCACACCGCUCCUCACACCCACCACACAGCUGCUCACAGUCCCCCCACAGCCCACCACACAGCUCCUCAAAGACCCCCCACAGCCCACCACACCCCUCCUCACAGUUCCGCCACAGCCCACCACACAGCUGCUCACAGCGUCCCACAGCCCACCCACCGUUCCUCACAGUCCCCCCACAGCCCACCACACCCACCGUUCCUCACAGUCCCACCACAGCCCACCACACCCACCUUUCCUCACAGUCCCCCCACAGCCCACCACACCGCUCCUCACAUUCCGACCACAGCCCACCACACCGCUCCUCACAUCCCCCCACAGCCCACCACACCGCUCCUCAAAGUCCCCCCACAGCUCCUCACAGUUCCCCCACAGCCCACCACACCCCUCCUCACAGUCCCCCCACAGCCUGCCACACCACUCCUCACAGUCCCCCCACAGCCCACCACACCCCUCCUCACAGUCCCCCCACAGCCUGCCACACCACUCCUCACACCCACCACACCGCUCCUCAAAGUCCCCCCACAGCUCCUUACAGUUCCCCCACAGCCCACCACACCCCUCCUCACAGUCCCCCCACAGCCUGCCACACCACUCCUCACAGUCCCCCCACAGCCCACCACACCCCUCCUCACAGUCCCCCCACAGCCUGCCACACCACUCCUCACAUCCCCCCACAGCCCACCACACCCCUCCUCACAGUCCCCCCACAGCCCAGGCCAUUGAGGAUACAGAGUUUAAGUUCUUAUCAUUGACUGGAUUAUAA